AUGGCUGAAGAUAUCGAAGAGAUCCUCGCUGAAAUCGACGGAGAGCAGAUUGAGGAAUACCAGAAAUUCUUCGAUGACUUCGAUCGUGGUAAGCAAGGCUACAUCAUGGCCACACAAAUCGGUCAGAUUAUGCGUGCUAUGGAGCAGGAAUUCGAUGAAAAGACCUUACGUAAGCUGAUCCGUAAAUUCGAUGCUGACGGUUCGGGAAAGUUGGAAUUCGAUGAGUUCUGUGCUCUUGUCUACACCGUCGCCAACACUGUCGAUAAGGAAACGUUACAAAAAGAAUUGAGAGACGCGUUUAGGCUUUUCGACAAGGAGGGUAACGGUUACAUUUCUCGACCGACUCUGAAAGCUUUGUUGAAAGAGAUUGCCGAUGACUUGACCGAUCAACAACUGGAUGAAGCUGUAGAUGAAAUCGAUGAGGAUGGCUCUGGAAAGAUCGAGUUCGAAGAGUUCUGGGAGUUGAUGGCCGGAGAAUCUGAUUGAAGUGCCUAAAACACGUGUAAAUAUCCAAUGGAUGUUCAUUUGUAGCCUCGUCUCGCCUAGUUUCUUCUCGCUACGUAUCGUUGCCUACCCACAACAUUUGUUAUAGAUUGUUAUCGCUUUGAUAGCAUACCGUAAUUUCAUGUAUGUUAUUCACUGAAAAUAAAUUUUGUGAGGAAC